CGACAUGACAGCUUCCAAAUUAAAUGAAAAAUGUCUACAAGUCCAUCGAAUGUAGCUAAAGACAACGAACAGUUACCAAUAGGCGACAAAUCAAAAUCAUCCGAUAAACGUAAGUUACUUCUCAGUCAAUCCGAAGACAAUCUCAGCCGUCAGCAAAAUUCUAAAGAUAAACGUCUUGGAAAAGUUAAAUCUUUGAUCUCGAAAGAUCAGUUGAACAAUCCAAGUGUUACUUUUGAACUAGACUUAGCCAGAUCAAUGUCUCAAACGACUGAAUCAGACAGUUUGAGUUCAAACUUAUCGAGAGCUCGCGAUAGCUUGGAAUAUAUUUUAAAAGAUGAGCAAAAUAUGCCAAAAUCGAGACUCGAAAAGUCAAUUUUUCAACACAAACCGAAAAAUAUUCCCAAUUCGCCAAAAUCCUCGCCCCAACUAGGUCAAAAUUCAAAGGCUACAACAUCAAAAUUACCCUUUUGGGACACAUAUGAUCGUAAAGGCAAGAAGAACAAAAAGGAUAUUUCUAAAAACCAACAAUCUCCGAGAAGUGAGGGUAAUAUUAUAUCAAAGAAGGACAAAAAAUCUCUUGUGAUUGAUAAAGAAGCACAUGGUAAUCAGCCUGACGAAGCUAAAACUACUGACGAAGCAAUGGGGGAAAGUUACAAAUUCAAAUACUUACCGAAAAAUAGUAAAAGUGUUGUUUUCACCAACGAAGUGUUUGUGGUUUAUUUCAAUAACGAACAUGUGAUUGGCGAGGAAAAAGAACCGUUAAAAAAAGACGUGGAACAACAAACCAGGAACAGGGAAAUGAGACGCGUUCAUUUGACCAAAUACAAAGAAAAACAUAAUUUAUGUCUUUUCUAAAUCAAAACUUUCGAAGUAUACUUUUUAAAUUAUUGUUUUUGUUUUUUUCAAUAAAAAAAAAUCUUGACAUUU